CCGAGAUGUUCCCAUUGGAAAAAAUAAACGUGCAAUGCACUGAUCGGUGAACGUUCGUCAACUUAUCAUGCAAUCAUGUUUUGUGAAUCAGAUCAGCUUUAUGAUGGCAAUAAGUACAACAAUGAUGAUGAUGAUGAUGAUGAUGAUGAGGAUGAGGAUGAUGAAGAUGAGGAUAGCGAUAGGGAAGAAAUAGAAUCAGCCUUGUAUGCACAGAUCCACUUCCACCAUGAGGAGGACGUGAAAGACGGCAACUUGUCCUACAAUGGCUACUCCACGUCUGUCCAGACUGUGUGUCGACAGUCAAUCCCAGCCGUACGUAGUCAGGAAAACACGCCACGAAGGUCUACAUUGACACAGUCUGGAACAGCUACAUCACCCAUAUGUCUACCGUCGUCACCCUCAUCAUGUACCAACAAUACAGUGUCAUGUAUGGAGGAGAGUACAUAUUUUGUUUCUGAUGACUCCGACUUUACAGAUAGUGAGUGUAUGAUCCUGGAUAAAACCCUGACUAACAUUGGCGAUAUAAUGGUGCACGUCCAUGAAAACCAACAACCCAUUCUACAGGCAGCACAGACCACUUCAGAAAAUGAUAAGUGGAAGAUCGCAGACCAAAUAACAUGUAACAACCCAACAUUGCCGCGAUACUACAAUGCUAUACCUGUUCGCUGUUACAAUUGUAAGGAGUUGGGGCAUAUAUCCAAUGUUUGUCCCAAACCUAAGAAAUCUGAGAUUUGUCACCUGUGCGGAAUGACUGGUCAUUUCUUCCGUAAGUGUCCCAAGGGGAUAUGUUAUAACUGUGAGGGUCCAGGCCACAACUCCUAUGAUUGUCCAAAACAGCGCAAGCAACGAGGACAGACAUGUUUUCGUUGCCUCAUGCCGGGUCAUUCCAAGAUUUCCUGUCCAGAUAUUUGGAGACAGUUCCAUAUGACAGAAUGUGUAGAGGACCGGAUGGAACGGCAUGAAAAUGGAUAUUAUCCUUUUAUAUCCACAUACACACACACAGAUCCAAGGUCUGCGAGAGAUAAGUCUUCUCAGAUUAAACUAAAAACGGGGAAGAAGAAAAAGAAGAAGAAACAUGAGAACUAUGAAAGCAAUCAUUGGGGCAAUCAGAUAACCGCAGGUUCUAACAGAGGGAUGAAGAGGAAACACAGGGAUGAUUCCGAACAUCACAUGCCAACAGGCAAACGCAGAAAAAGGCAAAACAAGUUCAACAGAGAUGAAGAUCCACAUGUACAGCCGAAGUCACAGAAGAAAAAAAAUAAACAGAGAAGAACACGCUGGGACAAUAGAGAAGAGACAGAAAACUACCCACAGCCAGGAAAGAAGACACAAAACAAAGGAAGGAAAGAAUCUGUGUCCAAAAUUACUUGGCAGACUUACAACACCCAGUACAAGAAUGAUAAGCCAUACAACAGCGAUAAAGGGUUCAAAACAUCUCGCAACACGACAAAUAACUACAACAAAGGUUUUAAAACAUCUUUCUAUCAAAACAAGAUACCUGACUAUUAGAACAAGAAAUCUGACUGAAAACUCGGACACCAAGUACUGCUUCAGAACAAAGCAGGGUUUAGAAGUGUUUCAUAAAGUAUGAUGUACAGACUAUAUCGCCAGGAGUUUCUAACCACCUACGAGGAAAAAAUUGUGUAUAAACUGUAUACUGGGAAAUUUUGGUCCCAGGAAUAUUUUGCUCUCUGUGUGAUAUUAUUACAUCAGGGAGUAUUAAAACACUCCCUACGUUGUUAAAUUCUCCCUCUUCUUAUUGGGUGAAAAGUGGUAAAAGUUUCCAGGUAUAGAGUACCUGGAAAACUUUGCAGACAUGGAACAUCAUGUUGGAUUUCUAAAAGACAGAAGUAAGAAAUUUCUUAACAGAAAGUUCUGUUAAAGAAGUGAAGAUGGCUUCUGCUGUAUUGAAAUCCUUUGCAAAAAAAUUUUUUUGUGCAAUUUAAUAUUUAGGAAUGUGUUUAUUACAGACACAGCCUUUGACCACUUAUGUGAUGAUGUUGUUGUUAACCAUGGAAUAUCACCAGCUGGUAGUAUUGCUAUUUAUUAAGUGAUGAAGACUCCGAAUCAAUCACUUAUUCCACAUGUAUGUAGAGUGGCCAUUUACAGAAACUAGUACAAAAAAGGUGUAUGUACAUUCAGCAGUAUAAAUGAUAUAAUUAUUGAUCAGGAUAUAAAAGAUGUGACUGUGUGUGGCCAUUGAUUCAGAAAACCUAAUUUAAUAUCAUCAAAAUAAAAAUAAGUGAUUCAUU